AUGCAACCACAGAAUGGCUUUACUGCCAAAACGAUAAAGUUUGUGAAACAUUGCAAAGGGCUAGAAAUUGGAUGGACUCAUAAUAAACUUAGAAGUCAAGGUGUCGAAGAAUUUGUGGAGGAGUAUUUGCCACUGAUAAGAGAAAAUAAUCCACACAUUAGCAUAAGAUUAUCUCGAACUCAUAUUAAUUGCGAUCCAUUUGUAAUUGGGAUAUAUGAACAUUGUCGUAUGAGGAAACGGCGUUGCGACUGGAAGACUAAGCAUCAAGUGUUAUCAUUUGUAGAAGAAAUGGCUAUUGGUGGAGAUUAUGUUAAAGGUCGGAAACGAGGAGUGAAAACUAUACUGCCACGUGGUUUACAAUUGUGGAAUACGGAAACCAUUGGCCAUGAUGUAUUUAAAGUUUAUAGUAAAUGGAAAGGAGAUCCUCCGGAUCCUAUGGAAAUAACUAGUUCUUCUCAUCCAUAUCUUACGCAUAGAAAGCAUGCUUAG